AUGCCACAAGUACCUUCAGUCUCGCCUGUCACUGGCGAACCCGUCCCACCCUAUUUCAUCCAUACUACCGACCGUCAUUUUGUCGAUAACGCUGGCCGUACGCUCAUCCUCCGCGGUGUCAACCUAUCUGGAUCGGAUAAGGCACCGGUGGACAGGCCUUCAUACAUCCUCGAAGAUUUUUGGGAAUCAGGAGAGACUGGCGGUGAGAGCUUUGUCGGACGCCCGCUCAAUCUUGACGAUGGCUCUGCGGACAUACAUCUCUCCCGGUUGCGAGGGUGGGGCUUCAAUAUGCUGCGAUAUGUUGUCACCUGGGAAGCCUUAGAGCACGCGGGGCCAGGGAAAUAUGAUUCUGCCUAUAUGGACUAUACUGUCCGAGUACUUCGGAAAUGCAAGGAGUAUGGCUUCAAGAUAUAUAUGGACCCCCAUCAGGAUAUUUGGUCACGUUUUUCUGGUGGAUCCGGGGCACCUUAUUGGACGCUUCUCGCAUGCGGCUUGGAUCCCCGCCACUUUACCGCUACACAGGGUGCUAUCGUGCAUUGCGAGUAUCCCACACCAAUAGAGGUAGAGCCUGCAACGCUUCCUCCGAUGAUUUGGAGCACGAAUUAUGGGAGGCUAGUCUCACAGACACUCUUUACAUUGUUUUUCGCGGGGCGCGACUACGCGCCGAAGUGCAUCAUCGACGGUGAGAACAUCCAGGAUUACCUGCAGAAACAUUUCAUUUCCGCGUUCGGCGCGCUCGCGGACCGUAUUCGCGCCGCGGGGGACCUACUAGACGAAUGCGUGCUCGGAUGGGACAGCAUAAACGAGCCGUACGAGGGAUUUUGCGGAUACCCGGACCUGAACGCGGUGCCAACACAGCAGACGUCAACGCUGAAGAAGGGAACGUUCCCAACGCCAGCGCAGUCGAUGCGUCUUGGAAUGGGCCAACCGCAGACGGUGCAGAACUGGACGUUCGGUUCGAUGGGCCCUAAACGCGAUGGGACCGUCACGAUUGACCCGAACGGCUGGAAGGUGUGGGUGGACCCUGACAGCGAACCGGGCGGCGUGCACCCGCGCUGGGGCUGGCGGCGCGACCCUGGGUGGAAGCUUGGGAUGUGUAUAUGGGCGCAGCACGGUAUCUGGGAUGUCGAGUCGGGCUUCGUGAUGCUGCCAGACUACUUCAGGUCCUCACCUUGUGACCCAGAUCAUGACGUCAUGUUUAUCGAGGACUAUUGGCGUCCCCAUUGGCAGGCAUUUGCUGCGCGAAUGCGCCAGUCACACCCAGAGGCCAUCUUGUUCGUAGCACCGCCAGUCUUCGCACCCCCUCCUCCCAUCACCGACGACGAGCUUCGUGGGCGCUGCUGCUACUCGACUCACUACUACGAUGGUCUCACGCUGGUAACGCGGCACUGGAAUUGGUUCAAUGCCGACGCACUUGGCCUACUCCGGGGCAAAUAUUCAUCGAAAUUGCCAGCAGUGAAGAUCGGCGAGAGUGCCAUCCGCAAGUCUUUGCAGCAGCAACUGGGAAUACUGAGGGACGAUGCGCUGAUCCUUGGCCCUUACCCGACCAUCAUCGGAGAGAUAGGCAUACCGUACGAUAUGGAUGACAAGAAGUCGUACGGGUGGACAGAUGAUGGGAAGUACAAGGGUGACUACUCCUGCCAGCAGAAGGCCCUUGACGCAAGCUUGAAUGCCGCAGACGGACCGAAUGCGCUUAGCUACUCUAUCUGGACUUACUGUCCGGACCACACACACCCGUGGGGCGAUAAUUGGAACAUGGAAGAUCUCAGCAUCUGGAGUCCGGAUGACCUGCGCCCACGGGAGUCAAUCAGGAUGGGAAUGUCGGCUGCCUCAUCGUCGAAAUCACUCGUGACAAAAUCGAUCAAGGGAGUCCCGAUAAUUUUGACAGCUUCGGCGGCGCCGUCGUCAUUAUCACUCGCGACACUGCCGCUCGAAACCGGUGCUGUCGACGGCGAGACAAAUAACGCGGAGAUCACCUCCUUCGGGCAUUGGGAAAAUGCUUACGACUUCCUGACCGAUGGUGCAAGAGCUGUCAAGGCUUUUUGUCGUCCCUUUCCCACUGCUAUUGUCGGGGUGCCCAAAGACAUUCAGUUCAACGUCUCGAAGGCCGAGUUCAAGUUUACUGUUUGCGUACGCCCAGAAGAUGCGCCUAGGGCGGAGGGUCUCUCUGCACCGAAGUCAUCUUCGUCAUCAAUGACCUCCACUGCUGUAGAUGACGACGAAUCCGAGGAUGUACUCGCUACCGAGAUCUAUGUGCCUCUAGUCCACUACGGCAGCGACGCACUCGUCACACGAUUUACAGAGCAACAAUGUGACGACACCUCUUCGACUCCCGUUCUGGAUGGACCGUUGGCGAAAGAUUUCGGCCCGUACAGAUCGCAGAACGUGUCCGUUUCGAACCUCUCCGACGGCACCCCUUCCUAUUUGACGCCGUUCGCCCCCAGCGCUGCACCUCUGGCCCUUUCAGUGCACGUUUCUGACGGUAGAUGGGCUGUCGAGGGGCAGACACUGAAGUGGUGGUACGGUGUACCGGCCCCCGGCGCACCCGAGCGAGAAUACACGAUCACAAUCACGCGUGCCGGCGGUGUCAUCAAGACUGCAGAGGAGACAGAGCCCACGCAGGGCUUGUGGGCGGAGUGGUGCUCGUGUUUGAACGGAUGCACUAUUAUGUGA